AUGCCCCCAAAUACUCCUCUCUGGUCUCACCCCGAUCCCUCCUCCACCCAAGUAUUCGCCUUCCUCACCUUCGUCAACAAAUCUUACAACCUCAAUCUCUCCACCUACACUGACCUCCACCAAUGGUCCACCACCGAUAUCCCAUCCUUCGCCCAAGCAAUCUGGGACUUCUGCGGCAUCAAAUGCAGCGUCCCCCCAGAGACCCAGGGGACCGGGCUCGACAAGAUGUGGCCCCCACCAGCCUGGUUCCCAAAGGCUAAGCUCAACUACACUGAGAAUCUUCUGGAUCUUGGGCUGUCGUCUAAACCAGACGCGAUUGCAGUCACCGCGUAUAGUGAGAUUGAUGCGCAGACUAGACAAUUGACCUUUCGCGAGUUGGAGGAUGGGGUUGCGAGGUGGGCGCAUGCGCUGAGGAAUCUGGGUGUGGGAGUGGGAGAUCGAGUUGGUGUCGUUCUGCCCAACUCCGUUGAUACGUUGGUGAUUCUCCUCGCCUGCGCGGCUAUUGGGGCGAUCUUCUCCUCCACGGCACCGGAUAUGGGCAUGGAUGGCAUUGUUGAGAGAUAUCGCCAAUUGCGUCCCAAGGUCUUCAUCUGUGUGACGGAGGGGGUCUAUGGCGGGAAAAGCUAUGACUUCUCAGAAAAGAUGGCCAAAGUCCAUCGUACGCUGCAAGAGCAAGUGCCUGAGUUGCAGAAGAGUGUUGUUGUUCGGGGACAGUUGUUCAAGGGCUCAAAUGUAGUUUCUGUUAAAGACAUCCUCCCUCGGGCACGGCCAGAGCUUCGAUACGAGCAGCUUCCAUUCGAUCAUCCGCUUUAUGUUUUGUAUUCAUCUGGAACUACUGGUCCUCCAAAAUGUAUAUGCCACGCUGCCGGCCGAGUCCUCCUGCAACACAAGAAAGAACACAUGCUGCAGAAUGACAUAUCAUCCGACUCGGUCUUUUAUCAAUUCACUACUACCGGUUGGAUGAUGUGGAAUCACCUGGUCUCCGCGCUGGCCUGCGGGACCCGCAUUGUGCUUUACGAUGGCAGUCCGCUGCAUCCCACGCCUUCGUCUCAACUGGCUCUCGUGGAACGAGAAAAAGUUACCAACUGGGGCACCAGCCCCAAAUUCCUCGCCACCCUCAAAGCCUCUGGCAUCUCAGUAUCCUUCCCCCUGGACUCCCUCAAGAGUGUCAAUGCUACCGGGUCCAACCUGUCCUCCGAACUGGCAGGAUGGUUUUAUCAAACCUUCCCUUCCAGAAUUGCGCUCUUUAGUGGAUCGGGGGGUACAGAUCUUGUUGGUGGAUUGGUUAUGCCCUCCCCCCUCUCGACAAUCUACGCAGGCGAAAUCGCCGGCGCUCCAUUGGGCAUCAAAGUCGAAGUCUGGGAUGAGACAGGAACCAAUGUCGAGAACACCGGCGCGGAUGGCGAACUUGUCGUCACGCGGCCCUUCUUCUCCAUGCCCCUGACCUUCUGGGGCGCGAACGGCAAUGAGACUUACCGGAAGUCGUAUUUCGAUCAGUUCCCGGGUGUCUGGUGCCAUGGGGAUUAUAUUCGCAAGAACCCGGCCACGGGUGGGUAUGAAGUAUUGGGACGGAGUGAUGGGGUUUUGAACCCGGGGGGUGUCCGGUUCGGAUCUGCCGAAAUCUACACCGUUGUUGAGCGGUUCCCUGAGAUACAAGAGUCCAUUGCGGUUGGGCAGCGUCUGCCAGAUACCCAGGAUGAGCAGGUAUUGCUGUUUGUCGUGCUGCAUAAGGGUAAGCUGAGUGCGGAGCUGCGUGAUGCAAUCGCCAAAGCUAUCAGGGUUGGUCUCAGUCCGCGCCAUGUGCCCAGCCAUAUAAUCCAGGUGUCGGAUCUGCCGUAUACGACUAACGGGAAGAAGAUCGAGAAGUUGGUGAGGGAUGUGGUGUGUGGGAAGAAGGUGGUACCGUCUGCGGCCGUGGCGAAUCCGGAGGUGUUGAAGGAGUUUGAACAGUAUGAGAAGUUGAGACAUGUCAGAGCUAGAAUUUAA